ACAAGAUAACAAAUUAGUCUUCAAACUGUGUCUAAAGAACCAAAUUUACUGUAUGAGAAUAAACUGGAUUAUCUAAACCUGAUGUUAGCCUGGAUUAUUUAAACUUGCAGAACAGGGCACCUGGUUGGCCCUUGUCUCCUUCAUGGUUCAUCCAGUCAUGGCCCCUGAUCACUAAAGACUGGAUAUUAAUUAAAGUCGAAGUUAUGUAUAAAUGUUCAAUACUGCAGUUUAUCGAGUCUGGUGAAAUGUUGCAGGAGUGUUUUGGUUUUCACCCAGCCUCGGGUUCGGCUCCUAUUGGCCCAUCAACGCACCACGUGGUCGGGCAGUCACGCGCUUUCCAGGAACCCGUCAGGAAGAAGAAAAACAAAACAAACCCGAUAGAGCUGCAGCAGCGUGUGGACUCCAUUGAAAAGUGGGCCUUAUUAUCUCCAACACGGGAACGUACACGAGGUCCAGGACGAAGAGAGACGUAUGCGGGGGCGUCUUUAAAGCAGAGCAGCCCGAGGUCUCGGCAGGUACACGCCCCCCAACACUAAACACAUCCACUGCUGCUGGAAAAAAACUCGACACGGCCAGAAAUUUCCAUGUGAUCUAAGUGUUUGUGGAAUUAUCACCUGGCCAGUUCUGAUCUGACACACCUUCAGACCUGCAUUACAGACCUAAAGCAUACAGAGAACCACACAACAGACCACAACAGACCAGACAAGACCAGGUUGAACCCAAUUACUGACUUCCCUCCCUUCCCCCCCUCCCCACCCCAGCCUUGCAGGCUGCAUCCACCAGCACUCUACGAUCGUCUCCCUCAGCGGUAAUUUAUUGUGCUGAACGGACAACCUCACACCACUGGGACUGGACAGGAGACCCAGAGGUUCCCCCCGCUGGAGCUCUAAGCUGUGCCUGGCAAUGCCUCAGCCCAGCGUCAGUGGGAUGGAGCCUCCCUUUGGGGACGCCUUUCAGAACUACUCAUUUGCUGACCAGGCCCUGACCAGCACUGAGCUGCUCGCCACCAGCUCUGACCCAGAUUUCAUGUACGAACUGGACAGAGACAUGACCCACCGGCAGAGCCCCUGUGGGGACAGCUUGGUGGGGGUCGGGGAUGGAGGAAAGGAGGUGGAGGGCUGUGUGGAUCAGCUUAUGGGUUUGGGCGAGUGUGAGACAGUCUACAGCAGCUCGGCGUUCGAACAGUGGGACUCCUACUGGGAAGACCUCACCAGAUACACACGGCUGGCCAGCUGUGAUAUCUGGGGCACCAAAGAGGUGGAUUUUCUCGGACUGGAUGACUUCUCUAGUCCCUACCAGGACGAGGAGGUGAUAAGUCGAACUCCGACACUGGCUCAGCUGAACAGCGAGGAUUCGCAGCCCGUGUGUGAGGCGCUCUACCCCCCUGUUGACCUGACCCUGCCAGCCCCCCAGCCUCAGCCUCAGUCCUCCCAGUUUCCCUGUCACAGUAAGAGACCCCUGGUCCCCGGCCAAGGACUGGGGCCCAGCUCUGCGCGUUCCUCCACAAGCUCUACAUCCUCAUCCCGUCCUUCCCGCAGUCUUCUCCCAGACUUCCCUGAGGGCUCCCAAAAAGCCACCAGACCCGUCCCCUCCAGCACUGAGACUAUGGCCAAGACCCAGAACCACCUCAGUUUUACCCAGGACCACGGCCAAGCUCAAAGCAAGCCCCAGGGGCGAGGAACCAAGAUGGCAGCCCCAACUUCCCAUGGCUCUGACUUUGUGCGCAAGGCUAAAGUCCGUGUGAGUGCUGUGCAUAAAGCUCAGCCCGAUAUGCCCUCCCAGACAGAUUUUGAGAGGUCAGAUCCGCCUCUACCUCUCUCCCAGCCCCAAGAUGAAAAGGCUUCCACUUCUGCUAGCGCCACCUUGGUGGGACUUCCUGGCGCUGUAGCCGGUGGUUCCGGCAGCCUGACAGGCUUUGAGAGGAGGGCAGAGGGGACGGGACGGAGAGAGGGGCCUGUGGGCUGGUCUGCUACCAUGCCUCAACUAGUGGAGGCGAGCCAGGCCCUGGAGGGCAGCACCUCCGGGCUGGUGAGCAGCGGCGACAGUAUGGCAGGUGCUAGCGGCGGCGGUGGCGGCGGCGGCGUCCUGGUCGUGGAGGGCACAGAGAAGAGCAAGGAGGAGGAGCACAACUACUCUCUGUUCCUGACCCGCAGCAGACUGGCCGGCAGAGCCCUCUCCCAGCUGGAGGAGGACGAGGAAGAGGAGGACGAGGAGGAGGCGGAGGAGGAGGAAGGCGACGGGCUUGAGCCAGACGAUGAAGACCAUGACGAGGGCUUCGGCAGCGAGCACGAGCUGUCUGAGAAUGAGGAGGAGGAGGAAGAGGAGGAGGAUGAAGACUACGAAGCAGACAAGGACGAUGACAUGAGCGAUGCCUUCUCCGAGCCAGGCUGUGACAUGGAGCUGAUGGAGGACAUUAAAGGUCUGACAGCAGGAGUCUCCAGCCGGAAGAGAGGCAAGCGCCGAUACUUCUGGGAGUACAGUGAGCAGCUCACCCCCUCUAAGCAGGAACGUAUGCUAAAGCCGUCUGAGUGGGACAGACACACGCUGCCUAGCAACCUGUACCAGAAGAACGGGCCUCUCCAUGGAAAGUACAUGCUGAAGAAGUCACGUCGUACAGAUGUGGAAGACCUGACUCCCAAUCCUCGCAAGCUGCUGCAGAUCGGCACAGAGCUCCGCAAACUCAACAAGGUGAUCAGCGACUUGACACCGGUCAGCGAGCUGCCGCUGACCGCACGACCGCGAUCCCGCAAGGAGAAGAACAAGCUGGCGUCCAGAGCUUGUCGUUUAAAAAAGAAGGCCCAGUAUGAAGCAAACAAGGUGAAGCUCUGGGGACUCAGCACAGAGUAUGACCGGCUGCUGUUUGUGAUCAAUGCCAUCAAAGAGGAGAUUGUGGCGCGAGUCGAGGACUCUUCUCCACGUCCAACCAACAUGACUGACACUCUGGAGCGGCUCAUCCAGGAGACACUUGUUUCAUCACCUGUUGCUGGGCAGACUUCAGACUUUGUCAACAAGAUCUUGGAGAACACAGGACGCGGCGAUCCCACUGGGGGACUGGUUGGCCUGCGAGUCCCCACCUCCAAGAUCUAGACAAACCACCGUCCACUGAGAGGAGUGGACUAAACAUUACCACCGUGCUGUCCCAUUGUAACUAUGCUCCCCUCUGCAUGCCCCUCCAACCCCGAGCACAUACACAUUGUUAGUCACACAAACACACAUACCACUCCCCGUGUGUAUGUAUGUGUGCUUGUUCAUAGCCAUGCACCUGCAUGGCAUACACCCUAGCUUUCUGUCUCUGCACACUGCGUGCAGAGUCAGUGCGUCACUGUCUCCCAACCCAUCGUGAGCAUCUGUUGGGAAAUGCGCCUUUAAAAGCAAGUGAUGGUUAGGUGUAUAGCUAAUAGCACGUCCUAAAUCCACUGGUGAUUAUUAGAUGUGUUUAACAUAGCAUUGUGUUGGGUUGGUUCUAUCGGAGGUUCUGCUUCCAGGGCUGAGACAGAGACAGUCACAUGAGUGCAACCACUGGAAUACUUUCACACGAUUUGUUUGAGGUUGUUAAUGGCAGAGGACGGACUGUUACACGUCGGACACCAUCAAAGGUUGAAAAAAGUUCCAGUUCCAUCAUUUCCUAAACGAGCUUUACCUCACAUGGCAACACAAAUUAACUCCAGGAUGUUAAAUUGACCCACUGAAUAAAGCACUUUGAUGAAAAUGGCUUCGGUUGCCAAGACACCUGCGGAGAAAAAAAAGCAGUGUGCUCCGAGGCGUUUUCGGGGUGGCAGGAAAUAUUUUGUAUUGAAGGCCUAAAUAUGUUCAUGCCAUCCCCUGUUUGCCAAUCAGCACUGCUGCAAAUGAAUGCUCCAAACAGAACAAAAAAAGGCAGCAGAAGCUGACAGCUAAAAUUUUUACAGAUUAAUCGAUGAAACAUCCUGCUGGGGUGAAGUAUGCGGCAGGCAGGAGGAAGCUUAAUGUCUCAUUUUGACAACGUUAACUUAAAUAACAGGAGGUGGUUGACCAUGUGGAGAGGAAGCGCAUGUAGUUUGGUGCUUUUUGGCCUUGUGCUGGUUAUAACUGGACUGGGUUGAAACAGGCAUUUUUGCCAGUAUGGGAGCGGACUGUGAGGAAGAUUAUGGUGGCGAUGAAGAAGACAUGAACAGUGAUCCAUCUCCUCUAGGAAUCUGUACAUAGAAGUGUCUCCCAGUGAAAAAAAAGGCACCGGCUCCCCUUUUUGUACAGUAGAGAUGACCAGGCUAACAGUUUGGUGUGUUCAUACUAGUGUUUGAUCAGAGUUAUAUUCAUUGUGCCUUGUUUAUGUGUGUGUGUGUUUCUGUAAGUCUGAGUGAGUGUGUGAGCGGGACUGAACGAGAAGAGGUGAUUGGUCAGAGCUCCCCGAGGUCCAGCCAAGGAAAGGACUACUUUACACUGAGGGAGAUUGUUAGUGAGUGCGAGGGAGGGAGACAACAGUGGGGUUUGUUGUGUAUUUCAGUCGUUUAAAGAUAUUCUGAAUGUACAUAAAACAAAUGGAAGCUCUCGUUGCGUGAUGCCACAGAGUCUGUGUAUAUAGGAGGGCUCUGCAAUAGAUUACUUAUGGUUUUUGGUACUCUUGUCUUUGGGGAUCAGGGGAGGGUUACCUGAUAUUUUCGUUUAGAGUUACAAAAAAAUAUUUGCACACUAUAUUUUGAUUGUUUUUUGUACCAAAGACACAUGCAACGAAACGGCGACCAGCCAGUUAAAGUAAGGUUUUGCACAGCUUACCUGACGCCGUAUUGAAUGUAAGAAAUGUGGGAGGGUCAGGGAACUUCAUAGAACUGUGAAAUUAGCUUGGGUCCAAUUCUGUACAGAAAAGGAACAUUCAUUCAUUUUUUUUUUUUUAAUCUAAAAUUUUAUCCCAUCUGUGGGCUUCUCCAGUAAAUUUGUUGCUUAGGAAGCACUUCAUUCCUGAACUGAUUCCUCUCUCCACAUGCUAAUUGUGUUAAUUGCUCUAUUCUAGGACAAGAACCAAGAGCACUAGUAGAUAAGCUAUGUUACAUUUUUGCUUGUUUGUCAAAAUGUCACCAACAGUAACCAAAAUGUUAUGUUCCUGUGUCACUUGUUUGAUUUCUGUAUGUAGACGGAGUCUAGUUCAUCAACAAAAUAUUAACUGAAUUGUGUUUUAAAGUACUGUAUAUAGAAACAUUAAUGAUAUAUCUAUCAAUGGUGAAAUGCCACUUUUCAUGACAAUUGAUUCAUUUUUAAGCAUGACACAUUUCUAAAGCCUAUCCUUGCAUCAAGAAAAUUAGAGGAAAAACAGAAAAACCAAAAAAAAAAAAAAAAGUUCUUGUUAUAUUUUUGUAUUUUAGCCGCCUGCUAGGUUUCCUGUCGGUUUGAAAGUAUUUGUUGGUCAGAUUCUCAGAGGGAGAUGUGGAGGAAAAAAAGAUGAAAAGGUCUUAAAAAUGCAGCCAGUUAAUCUGAUAGUUUGAUCUAUAAAGCGACACUUGACCCCUCCGGUCUCCUAUGCUGGGUGAGUGAAAUAUGGGGAAUCAGGACUGGAUUUAUUUAAAACAUAAUGCAGCAAAGCCAUGGUCUAGUUUAAAGUCUAGUCUAUAAAGAGAAUGAGGACAGGCUGUCUUUAGUGCAGACAGGGACGCGAGAAACUCAGAGGACAACAGUGGAGACGGGAGGAUGAACGAGGAACCAGCCACAGUGUCGUCAUAGACGCUGUUAGAAAGCCAAAGCCAUUUGAUUUUUGUCCCAGACUGAUGUGGAUUCAGCACUGUGCAUUCAGGUUUUCACACGUGUUUCCCUUGUUAGCCAGUGGAGCUGGUUGAAUUUUGCACUUCCAGGGAUCAGCAUUGCUGCCUAAGAGGUUGAACUGCUGAAUUUUAUCUGCCUGGUCUUGCCUUCAGUCCUCAGCAUAUGUUUGUUCACCAAAAACACACGCGGAGUUACAAAGUUCAGGCCACAAAUUGGCAGCGCAUCCAAACCUUUAACAAUGCAUGAUGCCUGUAUGCUUCCCUCCCUGCUGCCUACUCAGAGGAAACAAUGCCAUUCCCAGGCAAUUUCAAAAUUCAACCAGAGGCCACUCGGUUAGCAGGUAAAUAUAACGAGAAGUAGUGUUUGGCGAGGCUGAAUUCAGGUUAGUUUGAUGUGAAGAAAGUACUCCUUCACAGAACGAUGUCUGAUGACGAUGAUGCAGAGCUGUGGUCUUUCUGUAUCGCGUGAUUGAAUAACAGCUAGUGCUACAUAUAUAUAUUUUUACUGUUUUCCGUUUUGUCUAAAAAGGGAGAAAUGGUGCUUUUUCUGAAACUAGAGCGAUGAGUAUCCAUGAUUCUUAUUUGACUUCGUAGUCUAGUUGUAGCCUAAUGACUUGCUCUCCCCUUACCGUCCAUAGCUAUUUUCUUAGUAGUGAUUAAUUUUUUGUAAAUAGACUAAGUUAAUAUGUAUCUUCUAAAUGUUAGAUAUAUGUAUAGAAUACUAUAUCUUAUAUGUUUGAAAACAAAAGCACUUUGUCCAAAAAAGGAAAAAAAAAACAAAAAACAAAAAGAAAAGCAUUUUUUUCUUCCAUUUGCUGCUAAAAGGCCUGGUGUGAAUGCUGCAAGUGUACUUGACGACCACUUGCUAGGAUAGGUCUAUUACCUGACUUGGCUAGGUCUAUAAACUAGCAAGAAAAAGGCGUACAGGUGUAUGACCUGACGAGGGUUAGAUCUAAACUUUGUUGGAGCCGUGUAAUGAUAUGAGGUAUUGUAUAAGAGCAUAUCAUUGCCAGGCUUUGCGAAGCCCAGUGUCUUGAUAGGAUAGGUCUAUUUCCUGGUCAGGGAUUGUGUGGAUUAGUGUGUUUGUGGUCUUAAAAAAAAAAAAGAGGGUUUUGAUUCCAGGGCCCCUACAUUGAUCCUGAUGCUGACCCCCUUGGCGUCAUGAUUCAUUUGCCUUCAGUAGAGGUUUCCUAUGGAAAAACUGAUUCUGCUUUGGCUUCCUCUUCAGGGUGAUGUACAGUGUAGACACAUUUCUCCAGAGAGCUAUAUUGUUAUCAUUUGUAAACUGAUUUCUACUUGUGACUUAAUGAGGAGGGGUGUAGCCUGGGGCGGCCGGGAAGAGCUUGUUUGAAAGACAUUCCCGGCCGCCUUGGGGGAAGUUACUAUAUCACUGUACUGUAUGGCAAGCCAAUUAUAAAUGAAGACUCAAUCCGGACACUUAUUGCCUUCUUAAAUAACUUCACAUACACACAAACAAAAACAAUAACAGUGGCGAACAAAGUCAGUUGCCUGAGGUUUAUGACAUUGUUCCGCCAAUAUACGGUCAACAACAGCAACAACAACAAAACCAUUCAGCCUGAUUGGCUCAAAACAACCUUGACUGAAGUAGCAGACGGUGAAAUAUAUCUGAAAAAUGGCUUCAAAAAUUUGAACUACUUGUGCUCACUUGUGUCCUCUGGGGACAAUAUUUGAUGGCAUUUUUUCAGCUAUAAUUUUGCCCAGGUCUGGUAGGGGGUCAACAGUGGUUAAAGGGCCGCUGGUUGACGGCCGGCUGACAAGAGGAGCGUGCGUGUUUUGUUGUCGAUCACAAGGCUGGUUCAAGAGAGAGUCCUCACAGGUUUUUACAUUUAACAUGAUAGGCGCAAGCUGUGCAACUUUACAUUCAAACCAGGAGACUCUGUGGCAUUUUAAUAGUCAAGGAAAUGAGUGAAAAUCCACGCCAGUAAAACUAUUCCUUAUUCUUUUUAUUUCUGAUGAUUCUGAUAAAUCCUAUUCAGUCAACUAUUAAGCUAAUAGAGUGUGUAAGUUUGUGCUACUCUUGUCCAAUAAAAGCUACGUGGAUCCAUAAAGCUCUUCUUCAGCAAAUCAGGGUAAUAUCGUUCUUCUAUCUGACAUAUGUGAUGACAUAUAAAAUCAAAAGAAAAUAUAUUUAUGUAUUCCAAUUAUUGUCGCCAUUCUUUACUCUGUACAAAAUAUUGUGCGUGUGCGUGUGUGUGUAUUAUGAAUUAUCAAUGUCAAUCAAUAUGGUGCAAUGAUCUCUACACAAACUGAAAAAAAAAGGCCAACAGACUUGUCACAAGAAUUCACACAAGUUCUCUGCUUUCUCCAAAUCGGUAUUCAAAACAAAACAAAAACACAACCUGCAACAUUUUCCUCUCACUAAGGAUUUGACUCUGAUUUCUGGCCGUGAUCCAACCUGAGGGGAGGGGGGUUUGUCAUGUGGUGCUGAUUACUUUUGUUUAUCCCAAGAAAUAAUCCAAGAAUGAAACUGCUGGUAUCUGUGUUUAGAUUCACCAACAAGUAACAGUGUCCAUCUGAUUAUUGUCCAAUAAGUGUCAUCAGACCAGACUCCCCCGCCCUCUGCCCCCUCCCACGAUCAGUUUCAUUAAUGCUAACUGUUGAUUAAUGGCAUGAUUUCCCUGUUGGACCAAUCAGAAGAAGAUUCACUUCAGAUUCACUGAUUCUUGCUCUAAACAACAACAGACUGGUGAUUUCUAUAUUAUUGUAUGAUCAUUACUGUAAAGCGUACUGUUAUUUCUUUUUGUAAAAGCCAGACUCCUGGAUUUGACACCACUGCACAAAAGUUAUGGAGGAUCUUUACUCUGUAUGAGAGUAAAAAAUAUUCACCAUAACUGCAGAGUAAAUACACAUAUUCUGGUUAUUUAAAAGGAGUGUGGAAUUUCCUCAUGAAAAUAAUUUGUGAUAAAAUAAUUUGAUCCAAGUGCAAGAUGGUGGUAUAUAUUGUAUAUUAAAGAACAAUCUCUAGAGGAAAUAUUUCUAUUUCUAUUUCUAAUUUUUAAAUGAUUUCCAAGACGUUUCUUUGAAAGACCUACGUCAUUUGGUACUAGGGAAAAUAGGGAGUGUGUUAAAGUCAGUUAAUUCCAGUUAUUUUAGCCAGAGCAAAGCAGGUCAUUUGUUAAAUUCAAAAUUUAUCAAGAAUUAAGUUUAAUUAACAAAUAAAUAACAGAUGAAUAUUCCCUUGGGUUUAAAGCUGCACCAACCAAAAUUUCUGUAUAAAAUAUGGAUGAAAUACUACAUGUAAUGUGCCCUACAGAGCAUUUUAGCACCUUUCAGCCAGUUGUUUUGGUUUUAAGGCAGCAGCUUGUGUUGUGGUUCACUCUCGCUGCUCUCAUCAGGAUUGUCUCUAGUUGCAGCAGGCAGCUUAUUUUCAGUGAAAAAGCUCUGAUUAACCGUCUGUACACUAUCUGCCCAGCACCAAACCGCAGACAGACACAGUUAGAAACUAGCUGGUGAACACAGUGGAGCAUGUAGCAGCUAAAGAACCAGAUAGUUUCUUCAGGUGCUGGUGGAGACCAAAAACAGAGCUAGAAGAGAGUGAAUAUUGGACAGAAACACUACUUCAAAUGAAUUUGUGGAGAUGUCAUGAUAAAUACCUCUAUUUUCCCUUUAACUAGUACCAAAGAACGUAAAGUACUUCUUAGGAAAUUCUCCAUCCGUAAAAUGAGUGUCAGUGCAAAUAUUCUCAAUAAAUUUGGUUUAUUAAAAGAAAAGAACAAAACUACAAAUUACCUCGCCUCCUGCUGGCUUUGAUGUCAGAUCCCAGAGUCUGGCUUUCAGCUGUUUUCCUGUCUUGUUCGAACCCAUGUGGGCUGCCCUCAUUGCUUGUAAAAACACCUCGUCUUCAAGAGGCUGUACGCUUACUACCCUCUGUGUAAAUUAGAUACAUAACAGAAAUGUACUCUGCGAGAAAAGAUGCACUUGGGAAUAAUGUCUCUGCAUGCCGAUUCCCCACAUAGAACUGAGAGAAUCAAGUGAUGUCUGGAGUUCCUUGCAGAUGAGGAAAUAAUUUGGCCAAUCAUCAGAAAGCCUAUAUUUACCAUCACAAGGUCAUUGCAUGACUUUUUGGGCUCACUGUACUCUCAGUCGAAUGAUUUCAUAUUUGCUGCUAUUGAAUGAGCACAAAGAGACUUUGGUUUAGGGUGUCCAUGACACAGUUACAGUAUAUUAUUACCAUGACACACCCCUGUUUUUUCCCCCCCUACACCUUUUUUUGUCCUACAACAGUCAAAAGACCAACAGCGUCACUCACCUUGCACUUGGUUUUUACAUAUACAAGAAAUGAUAUUUUGAAAAUGAUGCCUGCUGAACCAGGUGCCUUAAUCAAAUAUAUGAGAACACAAAUUUGCACCUUCUGACAGUCUGGAGGGGGUUUCCCUACAGAAACAAGGGGCUGGGUUUCCCAAAACCUAAACUUGAAGUACAACAAUGAAAUGAAAACCUCAUUUUAACCCCAAAUCAACAGAGUUUGUAUAAAAAUCAGCCUUUAACAGCGGAUACGAGCUGUUGGGAUAGAAAAGUUCACACUGUGUAGUGGUUCCCCUUUAAAGUGUUACUGAAGAAGAGCAUAAAUGACGACUUGUGAACUAAAUUGAUGUUGUUUUGGGAAACCUGGUUCUGUUUUUAACUUUUUCUCUGCCCACUACGCCACGUUAUUGUGUUUUCUGUAUUGGCUGCUGCUGCUAUCACCGCUGGUGUGUCCAUGUAGAGAAGAGCAAACCUCCACUGUGUCUGAGGCAGAGGGAGACUCGGGGCCUGCUUUUUACCUAGUCAAUUACAAUGCAUUCUUCUUCUUCUUCUUCUUUGGUUUCGACAUGGAGCACUGUGUUGCUGCCUCCUGAGACCUUUUCAAGAAAGAAAAAAAAAUACAAACACACACACACACACAACAGACAGAACUUUCCGUUUCUUAACUUUGCUAUUAUGAAGUGCCAGACCCUCCUUGAAGUCAGUGUUGGCACUGAGUCGCAGGUUGCGAAUGAAGCGACAAACUGAGCAUGGAGGUAAACUGUGGUGCUAAUCUGUCAGUGGCUGGGUGCUAACAUGGCUGUGUAAAAAAGCUGUAUUAGCCAUAUUAUUCCUUCUGUUGAUGACUCUGGUCAGUCUCGUGUUUCUGACUGCUGCACUGCUGUAUGCUGACAUAGCGAGGUAUAACUCUGCUGCUGCUGCUUUGCUGAUGAAUGUAGACUAGUCUUCUUGUCGUCAGGAUUCAGAAAGAUCAUGAAUGUUGUAUCUUUAUAUGGCCGCUGUCCUGCUCGUAUGUUUAAACCUUUUUUUAAUUAAUAUUAUGGUUUGAUAUUUAUGCUCUGACUCUGUCAAAUGUUGCACGAUUUUUUUUUCCUAAAUUAUAUUUUAUUGCCUUUUUUCCCUGAUCCCAGUGUUCAUGCCAUUUGUUUGAUAUUUAUUUGUUGAGUCCUGUAAAUUAACAUGUGAGGAGACAAUUUGUUUAAACUAGACUUUAUAGCUUUUCCACUGAAGUGGGCUGUGCCACGAGUCAGAGACUUCACGAGAUUCACAGGCAUGAAGCACAAUCACAGUGAAACAUAACUGUCCAUGUCUGCAUAUACAACUUUUGAUAACAACGCUUGUAUUUUUACAUUUAAAUGUUAUUACAUUUACUCAUGGUACAUCUGUUAUAUCAUGUUAUCAUGUACCAUAAAUAAGAUUUUUGUACAAUCCUGCCAUUGCUCCCUGUAGGUGCAAAUGGUUACAAAGACAAUCAUUAAUUAAUGUUUAAUUAGACAGUAAAAAUCCAUCAACAAAUAAAUCAGAUUGUAAAACAAUGGAUUGACAUUUUGACCAUAAAAAGAUUAUUAAGAGAUAUUAGAAAUUAAAUUAAGAAAUUACUCCAAUAAAUCACUUUAGAGCUGCAAUGUUUAGUGUGCUAAAUGUUAUCAGCAACUAUUUUGAUAAUCAAAUAAUCAUUUUAGUCAUGUUCAAGUAAAAAUGCCAUUUGCUGAUUGCAAAUUUGAGAAUUUCUUUCCCGUUCAUAACAGUAAACUGAAUAUUUUUGAAAAAUUAACUAAAAAAAUAGACAUUUUUCACUAUUUUCAGAUGUUCUAUAAACAAAACAAGUAAAUAAGUAAAUAUCAGCAGAAUAACCAAUAAUGAAAUAAUUGUUAAAUGUAGUCCUAAAUCAGUUCAAAAAUGGAUUUAUAAAUUACUUUGACAAAUGUGUUGCACACUCUCUUGCUAACAGUUCCUCUCUUGUGUCUGUACAGUAAAUUUGAGGCUACUGCCAAUAGCCAGUUAGCAUAGCUUAGCAUAAAGACUGGAAAUAAGGGGAAACAGUUAGCCUGUUUCUGAUCAAAUAUAGCAACAUGCAGCACUUUGAAAGCUCAGUAGUUCAUAGGUUAUGUGUCAUUUGUUUAAUCUGUACAAAAAUAAAAGUGUAGAAUGAAAGGUGUUAAGUGCCCGACUAUUUCACAGCGCAGUGACUUCACAUUGAAACCGAGUUUUAAAAAUCAGAUGGGUUAGAUUAGACUAAAUCUAAGAUUAACAGACUUAGAGCAAAUUUGUCCCAAACAAAACUUAACUGUAAGUCAUAUACGAAAAUACGACACAUUCUGGCUUCAGUUAUUUUAGCCUGUUCUUGCCUUCCUGUCCUUCAGUAUCCUGUUACUUUAUCCUCUCUGCAUCAUGUUCUGCCCUGAUGCCAGUUAAAGGAAACAGGAUGCUCUCAGAUCUGCAGUUUCACUGUGACUGUGAGUCAUUGUUGUCUGUGAAGCCCAUGAAGCAUUCUGUCAUUGGAGGUUUGACGCCGUCACAAGGGGCGGUAGAACCCUAGAAUCAGGCUCAUGGAGUCAGCAAACAGAACCUCACCUUGACAUAAUUCUUCUUCUGCCGUGACUCUGGACUGAGCUUUCUCCGGCUGGGAGUCUCAGCUCGCGUGCUCUCUCUUAACUUUGGUGGGAAAAAAAAUUGAUCAUUUGAUCAUGUUUUCUGGGGAAAAAAAACUUCACCACUGCGCCAGAGAUGUUUGGACCCUUCUGGGUGCUUUUGUUUUUUUGUUGUUGUUGUUUUUGGGUUUUUUGGGUUUUUUUUUUUUUUUACAGAAGGGCUUUGGUUUGCAGUUGUCUUGUCAGGGAGCUCCUGAGAUUAGCCAGGGGUCACUAAAGGCUGGUGGGCAGAGACCCCUCACCCCCCCACCCCCCCUUACAAUGAAUGAUGGGGAGGGGUUUCGUUUCCUCUUCUGCAGACUGAUCUUAUUAAAGCAAAUGACAACAACCCACCCUUGGUGAUAAAAAAAACAAAACCCCUUUCUCUUAUAUUUACACACGUCAAACGCAUCAUCCAACACUGCAAUGAUUUACAUCUCCUUCCAGACUUUGCCAAAAUGCAUGGAGCAAGAGACAUUUAGCAAAAAUAUAAUGUUUAUCCUAAAACAUCUGUUCUGUUUCUUUUCUUUUUUUUCCACUUUUGAUAAUGACAGACCGUAAGAAGAUUUUAUAGGAUAUCCAUACAAGUCCAAACAUGUAGAGGAUGUGGGAGGUAUCGGUCAUUCUGAGCUCCACAAGCUACAUGCCAUUGUUAUGAUGCUUCUGGUCUUGUAUGGUAACUUAUUUGACUAGAUCAACAGCAUGGGAUCUUUCUGUAGUUAGUCCUGUGUGUGUUCUUCUCACCAGUCUCAGUAGGAAGGCUGUACUUCAUUGCUAAGUGCUCUAUAAUAGAUUUCUUGGUGAUUAUAAUUUCACAAAGAAGCAAAACCUGCAGAAACCUGCUGAAACUAACUUGAUCCUCUCUUUAGCAAUGACGUCUAUAUUUGUAGUUCACAUAUAUGCCUGUUCGAAAACAAUAUCUUGACAGUUGUUAUAUUUAUGUUGUGUAAUAAAUGUUGUGCUGGGUUUAUAUUUUUGUUUUAACUAACUUUUUCUUUUUGUUUUACAUUGUAUUUUUUUUCUCAGAGGCACAAUGGGUGGCUUUAUGCACAGGCAUGACGAUGUAACAAAAAGUGUUUUUGUUUGGUUUGUACUGUAACGACUCAUUCUGUUUCAGAGCUUCUGACAGUUUUUGUCUCUGGCUGCUCGACAUCCUGCGGACACCUGCCCUGAAUCUCUGUUGUGUUAUUGUGCCUCUCUCUCUCAUUUUUUUUUCUUUUUUGGUUUUUCUUUUUUGGUUUUUCUUUUUUUGUUUAAAUCAUUCUUUCUCUGUUGUAUCAGCCAGGAGUUGGUACCACAGCUUUGCUUGUAACCACAAUAGUCUGAUUAUGUUUAUUGAUUUUAAUAUCAAAAUAAUAAAACCAUUAGCACCCCA